AUGGAGUCAGCAGCCGAAAAAAGUAAAAGGCAAAAGCGUCGGUUGAUUGCCACUCAAAUGCAAUGCCUAUUAGGCGAUUUUUCCCCUAUAGAGUGGGCUCCCGAGGAAGGAGAAGGACCUUCAAAUUCUUGCUGUUUUGUUUCUCCAAGAAAUUUGAUUGAUGAAUCUAAUAAUUCAAAUUUGAGGUGCCAUAAUUCCCAUCAUGUACCUGUUCCUAAUUCUGAAACGUGCCCUGAGCCUAAAUCCAGUUGUUCAUUUUCUGAAUCCAGUGAUCAUCAUCACUCGCAAGAGCCAAUGCCUUCUCUAGAAUCUGAGUCUGAGUCUGAAUACAUAUUUAGCACAGAUUCUAACUCAGAAACAGAAGAGAAUGACUCUUCUGAUAGUACUGAGCAAGGUAGUGAGCAGGGUAUUGAUGAAUCAGUACCUCAAUUUGUGGAAAAUACCAGCAGUAGUUUUUUGAGAGAAUGGGCUCUUAGAAAUAAUUUAACACAUAGGUCUAUAACCGAAUUGCUCCAGUGGUUUUCCACAAAUCCGAAUGUUAGUAACCUUCCACGAGAUGCUCGUACUUUGCUGAAAACACCGAGGCAUACUAACUUUAUUUCAAUGGGUGAUGGUUUAUUUCAUUAUUUUGGUUUGAGUGAAGGAAUUAAAAAAAUUCAUAAUAAAUAUGUCAACGAUGCAAAUAUCCUUGAAGAUACCCAUGAGAUCCUAUAUAACUUAGACUUUAAUGUAGAUGGUUUGCCAAUACAAAAAAGUACUAAGGUAUCGUUCUGGCCAAUAUUGUGCUGUGUAUCAAAUUAUCCCGAAGAAUCACCUUUUAUUGUGGCAAUUUACUCUGGUCCAGGUAAACCUCCUAUUAAAGAAUUUUUCUCAGAUUUUGUAGCAGAGGUUAAGAAUCUUUAUGUAAAUAAAUUGAUUAUUGGCAAAACAAUUAUUAAUAUACAGUGUAAGUCAUUUUGCUGUGACACACCAGCUCGUUCAUUCAUAAAAGCAACAAAAGCACAUAACUCUUAUCAUGGCUGUGACAAGUGUGUUGUUGAAGGUACGUACAUGAAUAGACGAAUUGUUUUUUUAGACUCUAAAGCUACACUUAGAACUGAUUUUGGCUUUAUUAAUCGUGCAUAUGGUGAUUAUCAUAAGGAUAUUAGCCCUUUAAUUGAAAUAAAUAUUGGCAUGGUAUCAGGGUUUCCGGUUGAUUACAUGCAUUCAGUUUGUCUUGGUGUCAUGAGAAAGUUGUUGUUUUUGUGGCGGGAUGGUAGUAGACUUUUCCGGUUUACACCUGAAAAACUGGAACUUCUAGAAAAUAGACUCCAUAUAGUAAGAAAAUUCUGGCCUGUAGAAUUUAAUAGAAAGCCGAGAACCCUCAAAGAUCUUGAAAACUGGAAGGCAACUGAAUAUAGGCAAUUUUUAUUAUAUUUUUCCCCAAUUUUGGCUGACAUUUUAUCACCACAAAUUUUUUCCAAUUUAAUGACCCUAAAAUUUGCUAUAACAAUUUUGCUGGGCAAAGACCUAAACAUCCUCUACAAUGACUAUGCUGAUAAACUUCUUCGAUUAUUUGUGUCGGAAGCAAUUCACAUUUAUGGAAAAGAGUUUGGGAUCUACAAUGUACAUGUUUUAAUUCAUCUUGCAAAAGAUGCGAAAGAAUACCAUACCCUGAACAAUAUAAAUUGUUUUCGUUUUGAGAACUAUCUUGGUUUUCUGAAAAGAUCUCUUAGAAAAUCAAAUCAAAGUUUACAGCAAGUUAUUAAUAGAAUAUAUGAAGGCCGUACUAUUCUUCUAGAGCCUAAUAGAAAAGAAAUAUCUGUUUUAGGAAAACCCAAUUAUAUUGAAAAUUCUAAAAUAAUCAGUGAAUAUCUAAUUGUUGAUUUCCCUGAGGAAAGUAAAAAUGGGGAAAUUAGUAUGGCCCUAAUAUCCAGCACCUGGCUAUUUGAAGAACAUGGUAAUCUAUAUUGCCAUUGGCCCACAUACUUGAAGUCCACACUUUCAAGAGAGAGGGUUGUGAAAAACCACACCCCUCUAUUACACAAUAAAUGUGUCAAAUGUUUGGUGGUGAUAAAGCAUAAUACUGAUGACUAUGAUAAGGCUUGUUGUAAACUUAAAAAGUUGGAAGAAGAAUCUGAGUAUUCAUCAGCGACAGAUAUAGAUGAUGAAGCUCAAGAUAAAGCCACCAAUUUACCAAAGAAGACCUACAAAUCAAACAGACAUGCAGAUUUUACUUAUUCUGAAGGAAGUGAUGAUGAUAAUAUUCCUAUCGCUCCAAGAUUUCCCAAGGAAAAAAGCUUAAAGUUAUGUAUCAAUCGAGGUAUCAAUAAUAUUCCUCAAAAUUUUCUUAAAAGCUCAAAGACAUAUACCGAGUUAACCCCAUUAGUAAGGGUUAUAGAACCUGCAGUCAGAUUCCAAAAUAAUAAUUGGAGCAGUUCCAGUCAGGAUGAUCGACUUAGUCAGGAUCAUCGAUCUAGUCAGGAUCACCAAUUUAGUCAGGAUCAUCGAUCUAGUCAGGAUCACCGAUUUAGUCAAGAUCAUCAAUCUAGUCAGGAUCACCCAUUUGGUCAGGAUCACCCAUUUGGUCAGAAUCACCGAUCUGGUCAGAAUCCUCUCAUUAAACCAAAAGAAAUUAAUGAAAUGGGCAGUAAGUGCCAUUGCGAAAAAACUUCAAGUACGUUGAUAAUAAUUCACCUACAGGAUUUUCAAGCAUCACUUAGUUUACUGGGCGGCAGGGACCUAAACGAGACCACACGAAAAAUAUUAUCGCUUUUGUUAAGCCAUGAACUUUCAUUAAAUGUUAAUUGGAUAGGAGCCAAUGACAAGGGGAGCCUUCAGAAAACAGAAAAUGUGUUGAAACUUAUUUACGGAGCUGUACGAAAAAAUCAUACAACAGCAAAUGCCACAAACUCAGAAAUAGACAAUGCCAUCAAGAAUUGGAUAAAAAAUGCUCCUGAUAGAGCAGGAGGAAGGGCUAAUCGAAGAAAUAAAAAUAAAGUGGCAGUUAUUGAAUAGAUAUAACUUCAUGCUUCAUGUUCGAUCUUUUUGAGUAUUAUUAUUAUCAGGAAUUUAUGUUAUUUUGUAUUUUAAUGUAUACCCAUUUUCGUAUUCAGCAAUGGCGAAACAUUGUGUAUUUACUCCCAUAUCAAAAUUAAUUUAUAGAUUCUAACGAUGUAAACAAGGAUCCAGGGUUGGGACUUUGAAACGGAUAGAUAUCGUUAUCCCUAUCGCUAUGGCACUUGUUGUCUAUGUCUCUAUUCGUUACAGAGUCUCAGCCCCAGUGCUGAUAAGCGCGAGCAGCCAUAAAUGUUCCUGGUAUUUUCUAUUGUCGCCUUUUUUGGUUUGGUCGGGAAGUCUCAAAUAAUGAUAUACAUGUUUUCUCUUUACUUUGGUUUGAUAAUUAUAAAACUAUUUUUUAUUUAGGCAAUAGUUAAUAUUUGCAUAUUGAUUUUUUUAGGUACAUCAUUGCAAUCUAUAAAUUACUUAGAAUAUAAUAGCAUUGAGUUGAGUAUAGUCAUAAUGAGCCUGUAUUAAGAAUAUUUUUUUAUUUUGUGAUAAUAAAAUUGUUAUAAUAAAAUAUAUACAUAUG